AAAAACGAAAGACUUGGGACACGAACUCGGCAAGUCAGUGGCUCGACGGAGCGCAAUCGAAUCGCACGUAUACGCGAACUUCGGGCGGUGAAAGCCAAGAUCGAUUGGUGGCCAAUCUCUUUGGAAUACCGCGCGUGCCCGCAGUUGUAAAAGAAGUGUGGUAAAACACAAAACUGAAUCAAUUUCUGCGCAGAGGCAGCCGGAAUUAUGCCUCGCCAGCUUUGCCGUCGUCUUGCUGUGCAUUGAAAUCGAGAUCGAGUCCAAUGACCAGCUCUCGAGCUGGUGCCCAAGCAAGAGUUUCGCACUUUGAGACAGUUGAGUCGCCGGUCAACGAGCAGGCCUUGACCCAAAGCCCAGAAGAGUUCAGAGAUUCCGCCAGAUACAACCCAGUUAUAUAACAGCACUACAACUGCAAUUGAAAUUAAAAGUAGCGUGAAUUUGCAAAACAUAAAAGCCGAAAAAGGAAAAGCAUGUGGUUACAGUGCGCGAGGAAACCAAUACGUGCAGACUUUUGGCUGCAGCUGCUCUGCGUGAGUUUUACACUCUUUCGCCUGGAAUUCGCCGCGGCCCAAAAUGCGGGAGUGGUGGCAGCUGCCGUGGCGGCUGGACAAAACCAAACGCAGGUCUACGUGACGGAUUCUUGCCUGCAAAAGCCGUACCGCUGUCCUCAUCCGAAGAUCCAGUUCUAUCUGUACACGAGACGCACCCAGGAGCAGCCGGAGUUCAUAGAUGUCCUGGAUCCGAACGCCCUGUACUACACCCACUUCAAUCCACGCCAUCCCACCAAGAUCAUAAUCCAUGGCUUCGGGGGCGGCAGGACUCUGAGUCCCAGUCCGGAUCUGCGGGAGGCCUACUUCAGUGUGGGCGAGUACAACAUCAUCAUAGUGGACUACGCGGAUGCCGUUAAGGAACCCUGUCUGAGUCAGAUGGACUGGGCUCCCCGGUUCGGCAGCCUGUGCAUCUCCCAGCUGGUCAAAUACCUCGCCCGACAUCCUCGUGGCGUCCAGCCGGACGACCUGCACUUCAUUGGCUACAGUGUGGGUGCCCACAUCGCCGGUCUGGUGGCCAACUAUUUGAAGCCGGAGGAGGGCAAGCUGGGCAGGAUCACCGCUCUGGAUCCCACGAUAUUCUUCUAUGCCGGGGCCAACAACUCCAGGGAUCUGGAUACAACGGAUGCCCACUUUGUGGAUGUCCUGCACACCGGAGCUGGAAUCCUGGGUCAGUGGCACUCCAGUGGUCAUGCGGACUUCUAUGUGAACGGAGGCACGCGGCAACCAGCUUGUGUGGGUUCGGCAACCUUGUUUCAAACGUUGGCUUGUGAUCACACAAAAGUCACGCCGUACUUUAUUGAAUCCAUCACGACAACUCGUGGAUUUUAUGCGGGUCCGUGUCCCAACUUGUUCUCCUAUCUAAUUGGUUGGUGUGAGCCCAAGGACUCGGAGUAUGUGCUAAUGGGCGAACACUGUUCUCACAAAGCUCGAGGGAAUUAUUAUGUGACCACCAACGCCAAGGCGCCGUUUGCUCGCGGAUUUCCGGGAAAAGGACGAUCGAAUGGGGAGUACCAGGGAGUACGGAGAUAAUGCAAAAUUGUAUAAUGAAUUUUUGGAAAAAUGCCUCGAUUAAUGCAUCUUCUACACCGUAGCACUCAUGUGAUUUUAGCUUGUUUCCUAAUCGAUACCUAUUUAUUUCAUAUUUUUGUUAUUAGUUCUAAAUGCAGCCAUUUUUUCGUUGGGACUUGUACAAAUAAAUAGUUAAGUUUUAUGCUGAAUAAAAAACGCGCUUGUUUGGCAUAAUUUUAA